UUCGUUCCUUCUUCGGACAACAACUACUCGACAAAAUAUCCUCUCCCACUCCCACGCCAUCUAAUUAAUUCAUGUAAAAAAAGGAACCCAAAAAUAACUUGUGGGGAGAGAGACAACAAUCAAUAAUUUUCCCCACAAAAAAAAAUUAAAAAAAAAUCGUUCGAUUCUUCCUUCUUCUUCUUCUUCCUGUUCUUCCCUUUCAAUUCGAUUUGAUUAAAUUCAGAAACAGGACAGAAGAAAUUCGAGGAUUUGGAGGAGGUUCUUUUGGUUAAUUUAUUAAUUUCUCCAAUUUGUGCCAAAAUGAAUUUUCUCCAGAACCUUCUUUUUCUUACCCUCUUUUCGCUUUUCUUAUCCUCCACGUCAUCAUCGUCGUCGUCCCUGUCUUCCUCCUGUGAAGAAAUUUCUGAAGUUCCAUUGAUGUGUGCCAGCUGGAGGGUGGCUGUGGAGGCAAACAACGUGAGUCCAUGGACGAGGAUUCCGGAGGAGUGUGGGGACUAUUUGGCUUCGUACAUUGGCGGCGGCUACGAAAUGGAUCUCGAGAUUGUGUCCGAACAGGCUGCAAUUUUUGCGAGAAGUUUCAAUCUGAGUAUGGAUGGUAAAGAUGUCUGGAUUUUCGAUGUCGACGAAACCCUUCUCUCCAAUCUUCCCUAUUACAUCGACCAUGGUUAUGGGGUGGAAGUUUUUGACAGUGUGAAGUUUGAUGAGUGGGUUGAGAUGGGAAUGGCACCUGCCGUGGAACACAGCUUGAAGCUUUACGAGGAGGUUUUGGGAUUGGGAUUUAAGAUUGUUUUCUUGACUGGGAGAAGCGAAAGGCACAAAAAUGUCACUGUCGACAAUUUGAUUCAAGCUGGAUUUAGGGAAUGGGACAAACUCAUACUCAGGGGGGUGGAGGAUCACGGGAAGACAGCGAGGGAGUACAAGUCGGAGAAGAGGGACGAGCUCGUCAAAGAGGGGUAUCGAAUCGUAGGCAAUUCGGGGGACCAAUGGAGCGACUUGUUGGGUUCUUCCAUGUCGAUGCGUUCCUUCAAGCUCCCGAAUCCUAUGUAUUACAUUCCUUGACAAUCAUCGUCUUGUAAUGAACUAGCAUAGUUCGAGAAUGUAGCAUCGCUGACAAUGUUCGACGUUUGAA